GAGGCUGUGUUGUUAUUUUGAAUUAGUUGUUCAACAGCAUUCGGGUGUGACAGACUCGUUUAAUAAAUACAAGAACAUACAUAUCGUUAAAUUAUACGUAUUUAUAAAAGACAAUGACAGCUACCAGUAUCCAAAAUGAGGGUACGUGCAGUGAAGUUUAUAAGCAACUGGACAAAUUCGGCAAAUUUCAAGUGUACCAAUAUAUUUUAAUAUGCUUGCCUCUGAUGAUGGUUUCUAUGAUCCAUGUGAAUUAUAUCUUCGUAGCUGAAGACGUUAACCACAGGUGUCGCGUUCCAGAAUGUGAAGACGUCAAUCCAACUGUGGAAAUUCCUAAGUGGUGGCCGAAAGACGUGGACGCAAAAUGCUUCAGACCAGUUGUGGACAUGCGAAAAUAUCAUAUAGCAAACGAUACAUGUUCAAAUAACACGUUUCUUGAAGUAUUAGAGGAAUGUCACGAUUGGGUUUUUGAAAAUGAUAAUUCGAUAGUAGCUGCGUUGAACUUGGGGUGUGCAUCGUGGAAAUCGACGCUCGUUGGCUUCAUUCACAACGCAGGAAUGAUCGUAUCAAUGAUGUUGACUGGAUGGAUAGCUGAUAAGAUAGGCAGAAAGCCGACUAUCAUCAUGUGUUCAAUCGGCGGUGCAGUAGGAUUGUGCAAAAUAUUUAUAACCAACUACUAUGCAUAUCUUGGCGUUGAAUUUCUGGAGUCCGUGCUGGCGUCUGGACUUUAUACAGUGGCUGUGGUUUUGUUAAUUGAAGUCGGUGGUGAAAGCAAAAGAGUUAGUGCUGGUGUUAUUUUCUCGUACGCUGUAUACAUUGGAGAAGUAUGCUUCGCUUUUAUAGCACUGGGUUUGAAAUAUUGGAAAUUACUUAUAAUUGUUGUAUAUGCGCCUAUGAUACUCUUUAUUGCAUAUGUGCUUAUUCUUAGAGAAAGCACUAGAUGGCAGAUGCUUAGAGGAAAAAUGGAUGAAUGUAAAGACACGCUGAAGAUGAUUACAAAAAUGAAUAAAUUACAAGUUUCGGAAAAAGAAAUAAGUGAAACGAGUGACGAAGAUUUAAGAUUCCAAUUUAACGUCGUGAUACAGAAAGAGAAGGAAAGAAUGAAAGAUAUUUUUGCGUCGAAAGAGAUAAUGAUACGUUUGUCAGUUACAUCGUUUUGUUUCUUCGCGUCUAGUUUUCUCUAUUAUGGAUUAGCCGUUCAUUCAGUUCUAUUGCCGGGCAAUAAAUACACAAAUUUUAUUCUGGCAUCUAUUUCUUCAUUUCCUGGAGAUUUAAUUGCAUUGUAUACGUUCAAUAAGUAUGGAAGAAAAGUCUCACUGCAAUGUGGUUAUGUCUGUUCGGCAUUUUUCUUGAUCGUGCAGUCGUAUUCUCCUGAUUCAAUAUUGUGGUUGAAAGUAGUUUUAUUCCUUUGUGGAAAACUCGGUGUUGUCGUCUGCUUUACUGGAAUUUAUACAUACACGUUGGAAUUGUUUCCAACGAGUGUCCGCGGCACUCUUAUUGGAUGUGGCAACACCGCUGCGAGAUUCGGAAGCAUGUUGGCGCCCUUAACUCCUUUAUUAACGACCGAAUUAUCUGCUUUGCCGGCCAUACUGUUCGCAUCUGUAGCCUUAGUAGCAGCCGCUCUACUCACGUUCACACCAGAAACGAAGACAUUGCCCAUGUUCGAUACUAUAGCACAAGUAGAAGCUCACAAAUCUAAAAUAAUGACGCAUUUAUGAACAAAUUCCUUCAUGUUGUUUAAGAAAUACGUUAAACGGCUAUAAGUUAUUUUGACAUUAAAAACCUACCUUCGUCAAAAAGACUGACGUCCGGGCCUUGACAUUUUUAUUGCUUUUUGAUUAUGAGACGUUACUAUUAUUUAUAAUAAAUAAUAAUGAUGUAGGUGCCUGUACCUGACGCGUUGAACUUGAAGAAGUGUGAAAUUCAUCAGUAAUUAUUGAUCUAUAUUAUAUAAAAAGUUUAUGCCCAACAGUUUGAAAACAGACAAAAAAUAUGUGCCAUUUAUAUAAAUAACAUUUAUCUUUAAUAAUGUGAUGGAUGAAGUAUUUAAGUAAUAUAAGAGAAAUUUGUGCAAAUUGGUUAUAUAACGUUUAAAAGGAAACAGAAUAUAUCACAAAACAUUAUAGUGUUAUAUUAUCUGUGGCAUAACGUGAACUCACGUAGUUUAUCUCUUAUGAAAAAUACUUAAUAACAAUAUCUACCUGUUGCAACCUUUUAGUUUUUAAUAAAUAAGACUAUCUAUUUAUGUGAAAAAAUCAACAGAUAUUCUUUUCUGUUUAUAUCUAAGAGCUACAUAUAUAAAAAACAAAAAUUACAAGCUAUUUAC